UCCUGUUCUUCUCAACACCAACCACUCAUCACCAUGUCCCUCCCCAACGUCACCCGCUCGACUGCCCGUGCCGCUUUCCGCGCUGCUACCAAGCAGGUCGCACAGAAGCAGGCUGUCCGCUCCUUUGCCGUUGCGGCUGGCGCGGCUGCUCGCCCUGCCCUCCGUGCUGCGCCGGCUGCCCCCGUGAUGCAGAAGCGCGGCGUCAAGACCAUUGACUUUGCUGGUACCGAGGAGAAGGUCUACGAGCGCGCCGACUGGCCUCUCGAGAAGCUCCACGACUACUUCAAGAACGACACCUUCGCUCUCCUUGGCUACGGCUCCCAGGGCCACGGUCAGGGUCUCAACCUCCGCGACAACGGCCUCAACGUCAUCGUCGGUGUGCGCAAGGGCGGUCACUCGUGGAAGGAGGCCAUCGAGGACGGCUGGGUCGAGGGAAAGAACCUCUUCCCCAUCGAGGAGGCAGCGCAGAAGGGCACCAUCCUCAUGAACCUCCUCUCCGACGCGGCCCAAUCCGAGACCUGGCCCGAGCUCCAAAAGUUCAUCACAAAGGGCAAGACCCUCUACUUUUCGCACGGCUUCUCCGUCGUCUACAAGGAGCAGACGGGCGUCAUCCCCCCCAAGGACGUCGAUGUCAUCCUCGCCGCUCCCAAGGGUUCGGGACGUACGGUCCGAUCCCUCUUUGUCGAGGGACGCGGUAUCAACUCGUCCAUCGCUGUUCACCAGGAUGUGACCGGUAAGGCUCUCGAGCGCGCUACGGCUAUGGGUAUCGCUAUUGGCUCGGGUUACCUCUACGAGACGACUUUCGAGAAGGAAGUCUACUCGGACCUCUACGGAGAGCGCGGCUGCCUCAUGGGCGGUAUCCAGGGCAUGUUCAAGGCCCAAUACGACGUUCUCCGCGAGAAUGGCCACUCCCCCUCGGAAGCCUUCAACGAGACAUGCGAGGAAGCCCUCAUGUCCCUCUACCCUCUCGUAGGAGAAAACGGUAUGGACUACAUGUACAACGCCUGCUCCCUCACCGCCCGUCGUGGUGCGUUGGACUGGGCUCCCAAGUUCGAAGAGGCAAACAAGCCCGUAUUCCGUGAGCUUUACAAGAGCGUUAGGGAUGGUAGUGAGACGAAGAGGACUCUCGAGUUUGCUAGUCAGAAGAACUACCGUGAACUCUAUCAGGAGGAGACGGAUAAGAUUAGCGCCCAAGAGAUGUGGCGCGUUGGACAUAAGGUUCGCGCUCUUCGUCCUGACAGGAAGUAAGGUGCAGGCGUGCGACGUACGGCGUACGGCGUACCGUAUCGUACCGUAGAGCGGUAGCGUGAGGUGAGGGCACGCAGCAUGGCAA